GUGGGUCCAAUUUGGCCAAAAGUGUUUUGUUGGGACUCCCUUGUACUCCCUGAAGAACAUUACUGAGCCCAGUACUUUAUCAAGGCAGUUUUCUGUGUUGUUGACAAGGCCAUCAGAAGUAGCAAAAGGCCCAGGAGAAGCAUUUCCAGCAUGGCAGACUCGAAGGGCAUCAAUGCGUCAGACCUCAGCAUUCAGCCAACAGAACUCAAGUUCCGCUUCGAGCUGCGCAAGAACAUUCCAGUGACCCUGUCCCUGCACAACCCUGGACAGGAGAAAGUGGCCUUCAAAGUGAAGACAACCUCGCCCAAAAAGUACUGCGUGCGGCCCAGCAGCGGAGUGGUUGAGCCAGGCGCCACCAAGGAUGUGCAGGUCAUCAUGCAGGCUCAGCGAGAGUACCCGCCAACUCUGGCAGAUUGCAAGGACAAGUUCCUGGUGCAGACAGUGAAGGUGUCGCCCAAGGUGUCCGAGAUCACCCCAGAGCUCUUCGAUGGCGCCAACAGCAGCAUCAAGCAGUCAAAGCUGCGUGUGAUCCUCGUGGGGCCCCCGAAGCCACCCAGUCCCGUGCCAGAGGGUGUCGAGGAGGAGACAGCACCAUCGCCUGGGGGCAACGCCUUCCCCUCCGACAACGGCGAGCGGCCCACAGAGACGACAACAGCCGCAGGCAUAAUCCCCUCACGGGCUCAGGACAGCAAGGAGCUGGCGAUAAUCACCCAGGAGCGCAACAAGCUGCGGGAACAGCUCAACAAGGUGGAGAAAGACAAAUCAGACAUCAAGAAGCGACUCGAUCUACUGCAGUUGCAGGCGGAGGGCAGGCCGCGUGGAGAUCUGGCACAGAAGUCUCUGAUAAGCGGACCCUACACCCUGGUGCACCUUCUCAUCGUGGCGCUGAUUACUUUCUUCUUGGGACACUACCUCUGAGACUGAUGUCUUCAGCUGUGGAGGAUAACAUGGCUUAAGGACGAUAUCUGAAGGGAUGGAGUUGGGGAGUAGACGUUGAGUUGUCAGGCAAAUAGAUGCUCAACAGCAGGGCCGGAGCUGUGCAUAUUGGUGUGGAUGCAUGUGUGUGACGGAAAAAGGGACCGCACUUUCGAUAUUCCAUCCGAAAUAAGACACGAGGGAGCUCAUGGAUUGAGUUGCCUCAGUGCCCUGCCAAAUGCUCUGCAAGCAGUACUAUGGUACGCAUGAUACAGUCAUUGGAUAUCCUGAUUUACCUGGUUGAGAUGCGUUGCAUGUCAAAGAUUGUGUAGGUUGUCAGUAACCUUUAAGCAAUGAUAAGAGGCUACUACACAGUUUCUGCUGGGCUGUUAUAAAAGUAGAGGUCAAGUCCUGCUGUGGAUAUCGGCUACCGGGCUUAAUCUCAAGCAUUC